CGAAAGUCGCGGUUGUUUGUCUUCCGGUCCUCUGGCAGCAUGGCGAACUUCGAGCAUGCUGUGGAGGAUCCAAAACAUGUGGACUUGUCCAACAAUAUGAGCGCUGCUGGCGCCCCGGUGAAUCCGUCCUCUGCUCCGGACAGAGAUGCGGGCUGCGUGGUCCCCUCCUUCGCGGCCGCGUCGGAGCUCCUGCCAGUGCCGUACUCGUGUCUGGUGCUGAACUCCCACCGGAGACAUGUCGCUCUGGCGCCGCAGUACUUGAACAAGAAGAAGACUGGCAUCCAGGAGGAGCUGGACGGAGAGCUGCUGAAGUUUUCCCAGAGUUUGAAUGGAGUGCUGUUAGCCUAUGACAACAUUAGGAUUUUGGGAAGAAAUGGGGACAUCUACAAUGACAGCGGCUACAUCCACAUGGACAUAGAAGCCAGCUUCAUUGUAUUUCAGCCCAAAAGGGGACAGAAACUCCUGGGUAAAGUGAAUAAACUGGGAGUGAGCCAUGUUGGCUGCCUCGUGCACAGUUGUUUCAAUGCCAGCAUUCCCAGGCCAACUCUGGUGUCCAUAGAGACCUGGAGGGAUGCGGGUCCUAAAGUCGGGACAGAGCUGGAGUUUAAGGUGACCGCGCUCGAUGCUGAUGCUGCAGGAGUUCUGCUGAUCAGGGGACAGCUGGGCCGGACCAGAGUCCAGGAGCUGCUAGCUAUUAGUGAGAGUUCAGAGUCCAGAGUUCCCACGGACAAGCCAGAACCACAGGAUGCAGAACCUUCCACCGAGCCGACCCAAGGGUCCUCUGAUGACACGCCCAGGAAAAAGAAGAAGAAGAAGAAGAAGAAAGAUGAAAUCAAAGAGGAGGAGACAGAAGGAGAAAUAGGAAUUCCUGACAGUCAGCUGUUGGACAGCAACACUGCACCAGAGCUGAACAUAACAACAGAUGAUAAAAACGGUGGUAAGAAAAAGAAGAAAAAGAAAAAAGAGAAGCAUCUUAAAGAAGAAGAGGAGACGACAGAGAGAGAAAUAGGAAUUCCUCCCAGCCAGCCGGACUGUAACGCAACACCAGAGCUGAACGGAACAAGGGACGAGACGAGCGCUGGCGAGAAGAAGAAGAAGAAAAAGGAGAAGCAUUUUAAAGAAGAGGAGGAGGAGAUGGAGAUCCGUCAUGUGGAGAACUUCAGUAGAGAUGAGAAGACGGGUAAGAAAAGGAAGCAUGACAGCGAAGAUCAAACACCAGUAAAAUCUAAGAAGAGAAGGAAAGAUUGAGCCUAAGAAGCAGAACAAAGACGGCUCAGUGUUGUUGUCGAGUAGCAGACCGGGCCUGCAGACAGCUCCGGAGGGAAAUCCCCGUGUGCCUUAACGGUCACAAAAGAAGAUUGAAUGUUUUCUGAGCUGAUUCAGGUGUGGUGUAAUUCCAGCUGGCUGCCUGAUGGUGGCGCAAAACCACCUCAGAUAAAACCGUCAGCAUCAUCAUUACACAGACCAGACCGUCUGACUGGACCGACAGAGUCUUUAUUCUCUUUAGGAGACAAAACUGUGCCCUGCUGCUGCAUAUUUCUAAUGUUUUGGAGGACAAAAGCCACACGGCCCAGAAAAAUCAGCUCAGAUUCCUUUUAUUAAACUUUAGGUGAACCUUUAGUGAGUACUCACUCCCUGUUUUAACCAAAAACCACAGAAAUGUGAAAUAAAUAUUCAAUUCCCAGA